AAACAACAGUCCGCGGGUCAGCCGCGCUGGCAGUCGCCUCGCGUCAAAAGAGCGCGGUCGCGUUGAGGAUGAGCUGCUGUCACUGCGCACCCCUUCUCGGCAUGCCGAGAAUGACUUCUCGCAUGAACUCGCGGAUGCAAACGGAAUACGCUUCCAGGUAGAUCCAGAUCCUAGUGACCCUCCUGCGCCAGACCCAGAGCAUGAGGAUCCACCUGCGUCAUCGAUGAAGCUCGUCCCUCAAGAGGACUCCAUGGGCCUCGUGCAAGGGCGAAGUGGUGUAAGCGGAGCGAGUCAUGGAUCAACAAGGCAGUACUGCAUAAAUCUACGUUUUGAUUCCUUCUACCAUUGUUUUCUGCGAUGAAGGUUGCUCCAAAAAUAGAAGGGCUUUUUAUUAUCUCCUAGGUCUCGAACACCAAAGUAACUUCGUUCCUCUGUAGAUUUUUGUGUCAAUAAUUCAAUUCGUCUGAAAUAAACUACGACCACAACAGGAACGCUCAUUCGCGUAGCAGCUCGAGGCAAAUCGAGGUAGGACCGCACCUCGCUCCCGGCGACCGACUGGUGAUUCACAAUCUCCACUCGAACGCCGAGUACAACGGAAUGUUUGCAAAGGUGUUGCAGGUUCUAGACUCCAACAAGAUGAUCGAAGUGGUCGUACCUAGCAUGGCCAACGAAAGGUUGUAUCUGAACCCCGACAAUCUUUUGCCUCUUGAAGAUCCCAUGGCACUAUUUCCAGCUCUGCGAAGUCCAGUGAUGUCUAGGGCAGCAUCGCCAAAGCCGCGCCCUAUCCAGAAAUCCACGUCCGCCCCAGGCCUUAGCGCGAGCACGAACAAGGCAGCAAAGAAAAUACUGGUACUACAACUCACUGACUCUCUCUGCUGAGUGAUGGAUCUUCGUGCAGCGUAGUCUAGUCUUCCUGAUCUCCAACGUGAUUUAGUCCAUUAUCAUUCUCACAUCAGAUGAAGAAUCUUGCAUGAAAGACAUACUUAGCCUCUGUUGUAAGCAGAUUCGCAGAUUCGUAAGUUUUCCUGCCACGGUUUGCAUAUUGUCUAAUUUCAACGAUUAUACGUCAGGAUGAGAACUUUGGCAUCGAUCCGUCAAGCGAUGAGGAGGACAAUGAGGAGUUUUUCGUCGAGUCCGAUUCCGACAUCGAUAUACCGGAGCAAUUAUUGACAGAAGCUGUGCAGCGCGAACGGGACGAAAAUCGCGCCUUUAGCGAAAAUAGCGCCGCCGGGCUUACUGCGCAACACGAAGAGCAAGAGCGCAGAGGCCUCAACGCCCAUGAGGAGCGCAAGAACGCAGAGAGUCCUCUUGGCGGUCACUCAGUACUGGAGCAGAGCACGAAGCAGAUGCCUAUCGAGGAGUUUUUGCC